GCUGCCGUCAAACGCUCCGUGGACGUAAAACAAACAUGGCGGCUGCCAGGGCGGCGGGUCCUGUCGUCAUGUGGAAUCUUACCUGAUGGUCAAACGUCACUUGUUCACAACUUGAACCUUUGAAGUUCUCAAAUUCAAGUUAGUAUGAGUUCAGAGAUGUCAGUGGUUCCAACCCCUCAUGGGGCAGUGGGUAAAAAGGGCAACAAGAAACUACAGCAUCAGCAGCAGCAGCGUGAGAGGCUCACAGAGUGUAUCCUGUGUCGAACGUCCUUUCCAAGACGUGAAGCACAUGAGCACGUGCACGGGAUGCAGCACCACAGAGAGCUGGAGUCAGCGCUGGGCAGGGAUGUGAUCCAUGAAUGCCAGGCGUGUAAGGUGUACGACAUGAGUUUGUGCGACUACACCCAGCACAUCUCCACUCCGCUACACAGAGCAAAGUUGCAGGGCUUGAUGUCUAGAAACAGAAAGCCUCUUCCUCUGGUUAAGACUCUGAGCCAUGAAGCAAUCGCCCGGAUCCUAGAGAGAAACAAGACGCUGAGGAAAGAGGAGAAGAAACAAAAGGGAAAGAAGAAAAAGAAACAGAAGCAAAUCGCGGCUCAGAAGCGUGUGGAGAAGGUAGAGGGUUCCACCAAGAAAAGCGCUGUGGCCUCCGAUGUGGUGAAGAUACAACAAUCCAAAGAAGUGAACCAACAGACACAGACACAGAUGCAGCAAACCCUCCAGAAAGGUAGAAGCAAUGUUGUUGUCCAAAACAAGGAGAACAAAGUGUUGAGUGUGCAAAGACCUGUUUGGAGAAGUGAAAUGCCUCCGCCGAAUCAAAGUGGAAGACUGGCCGGUUCUUCGGGACCACCUGCUGGCAGACCUUGGCAUCACGAUCAUGUCAGGGAACAGUUCCGACAGCCGGGUUGCCACACAAGUUCCUUUACGAGUUCCCACAUGAGUUCCAACACAAUGUACCAGAUGAGGUACAGUGACAACUUUUCUGUCCACAACCAGCGUGUGAAUGUGGAGCACUCACAAACAUGGAGAUCCGUUAACAGACCACACAACUACAAUGCCGGUGCCAGGACUGACAUGUCUGAGCAUAUGACAUGGCCUGACAACAGCCACUCACAAACAUGGAGACCUGUUUACAGACCACACAACACCUAUAACGGUGGCAGGACUGACAUGUCUGAGCAAAGGACAUGGCCUGCCAAACGCCACUAUGAUGACUAUUACAGCCGGCAGUAUAGGGGAGCCACCAUGUUUGAUCAAAACCAGAAUGAGUGGCCUAGAUUUCCUCAACGGGGCCAAGAAAGUUCACAUCGAUUCUCUAGUCCUGCUCCAGCGAACAGGUCCUCCGGUGCAGCUCCGCUCAUGGAUGUCGACGUCGGUAAGAUGCUGAGGCAAGUCAGAAGAACGCUGGGUGUGAGGGAGCCAUGCAGAGCAGAUCGUGAAGCCAGGAGGCAGAACGUUGAGGCAAGUGACCAGGUGGCUGAUCGCAGCACCACACAACAGGCUGGAGCCGCGCAAGGGCAACCUUCAGGUGCUGCAAGUACAUCUGUGCCAUGUCCACAGGUCGCCCCCUUUGUACCUGAAGCACCGUCUGGUGUUUGUCCUCCCAAUGUUGCUCCUGCCACACCAGAACAGACCACUGUCGAAGUAACGCAAGAAAUGACCGGAUGCGCAGGCAACGCCACAUCCUCUGAGCAAAGCAGCCCCAGGGUGCGAAUCGCCCACGAACCAAGAAGAAGAAGUCCGGCUGGGAAGGAGGCUGGACGGAAAUCGCUCAGCUCAUCAGGGUCCAAGAACAAGCUGAGCUGGAGUGAGAUGUACAACAAGAGGAAAAGAGAGGGGUCGGUCAGCAUCACGAGAACGCCCAGGUUAAGAAUAGAGUCGUCGAACCCUCCACCUGAACACAGAACAGACUCUGACCUGCCUCUGUCCGAAGGCUUCCAAUGGGAGUCCAUCCCAGUCAGUCCUUCAGAGACACACUCGACUUUGCCGCCGCCAGCCCAGGACACGACCGAGAUGGACUCCCACAGGGACGAGCAGUCAGGGUCUUUGAUGCAGGAGCCUGGCCCAUCAGGUCAGGGUGCGGGCAGUCCCACAGUAACAGCAGCCCCCGUCCAAGCAGAGCCAAGCGUGGAGCCUGAGAACGGAGGUUUGAGUCGUGCCAAAAAGAGGAAGCAACAAAAGGAUGAUGACAUUUCUGUAAAGGAGACAAAUAGAAAAAAGAAAAGAACAAAUUCAAACAAAGAUCAGGGUCCCAUGGACCAGCUGCUGGCCGUGUCUCUGAGGGAGGACGAGCUGAGCCACUCGCUGCAGGAUUUGGACAUUUCUCUGAUCCAGGCUCGAAACGCGCUGCAGGUGGCCUACGCAGAGGUCCAGAGAAUUCUGCUACUGAGACAGCAGUUUUCUACCGAGGUCAACACUCUGAGAGCCAAACGCAUUGAGAUCCUGCAGGGGAUGCAAGGAGCGUCUAACAUAACCACCGCCUCAUCAGCUGCUCCCCUGCAGCCAAGACACUCUCCCCCUCCUUCCUCUAGUGCCUCCCUGGCUUCCUCCAGCCAGCAACCGUCUGCCACGACAGUAAAGGAAGAAGCCACAGCUUCACAGGCCGGACAGUUUGUCUCCUCCAGCACCGACGCACCUCACGUACCUCUGAACCAACCUGUGCCUUCAUUUCCCUCUGAGCUUCCCCCCCGACUGCUGCUCAGACCCUCACACCCAGCUGCUCCCACGACCUCUGCUGCUGCUGCAGCCUUGACGUCAGCACUAGUCAAUGUGGGAUGUGAUGGGAACGAGAGCGACGACUCCGGGAAAAUGAUGGAUCCCUCCGACCCGGUGGUUAUCAACAUUGAUGAAUCAGAUGACGAGGACUUACCUGAGGAGGUUCCGGAUGUUUCAGCUAAUCCAGAGCAGCAGGUUUCAAGUGUGGAGCUGAGUUCUGCCAGCACACAGACGUUUCAGCAAAAGGAGGUUGACAGAAAGGUUAAGAUUUCUUUGCCAGUGAAAGCUGCCAAAUCUCCUGCAGUGUCUGUUGAGGAGGAGGAGCCGUCGCUGGGAGAGUUUCUGAGUCACGCCGGGCCCGUGCAUGGCAUGCAAAUCCACAGGCGCCUGUUGUACACAUGUUCAGGGGACAACACAGCACGAGCCUACUGUCUGAGGACCAGGGAGAGCAAAGCCGUGUUCCAGGGUCACACAAACAAAGUCAACUGCCUGCUGGUGUCAAUCCUCCCCCACUCCCCGACGGCUCGCCUCUACACCGGAUCAAGUGACCGGACCAUCCGCUGCUACAGCGUGAAGUCAAAGAAGUGUCUGCAGCAAACCUUUUUACCAGACAGAGUGCUGUGUUUGCACAUAGCCUGGAACACUCUGUACGCUGGACUCGCCAAUGGAUCCGUCGUUAGCUACGAUUUAAGGACCCUGAGGCAGCUCGAUGUGUUUGAAUGCCACGGCCCUCGAGGGGUGAGCUGCAUGGGCACGUCUCAGGAGGGCGCCCGCCGGCUGCUGCUGGUCGGAUCCUACGACAGCACCAUCAGCGUACGGGACGCCAAGACAGGCCUGCUGCUGCGCUCGCUGGAAGGUCACACCAAGACGGUUCUCUGUAUGACGGUGGUGAACGACCUGGUCUUCAGCGGCUCCAGUGACACAUCCGUUCACGCCCACAACUUCCAUACGGGGGAGUUGCUUCGUGUCUACAAGGGUCACGGUCACGCCGUCACCUCAAUCGUCAUCUUGGGGAAGGUGAUGGUGACGGCCUGUCUGGAUCAGAUGGUCCGAGUUUAUGAGCUACAGUCCCACGACUGCCUGCAGGUGUACAAGGGUCACAGUGACAUGGUGAUGUGCAUGACCAUUCAUAAGAGUGUGAUCUACACAGGCUGCUACGAUGGCAGCGUUCAAGCUGUGAAGCUCAACUUGCUGCAAAACUACCGCUGCUUGUGGCAGAACUGCUCUCUUAUUUUCGGCAUGGAGGAGCACCUUCUGCAGCAUCUUGUCGGCGAUCACAGCAAACCCAAUCUGCAGAUGGCGAAAUGUCGCUGGAGAGGCUGUGAGAAGUUCUUCUCCACACAACAGUCGGUUCAACAGAAGCUUCCUGACCACAUGCAGAACCACGUGAAAAACGACUGUUAUACACAACCGGAGCCAAGGUGAAGGGGAGUGUCAUCCAUGAAUACAGAUCUCAUGUUUCUUUACAUUUAUUCAGCAUCUCAGCCUCUAAUCUCUUGUUAAGAAGUCUGAACUCCACUUGAUCCCAUGAAGCUGUUGCAUGAAGAGGCCGAGACGUUCAGGGUCAAACUGAACUCAUUCAGUCUCUAAUUUACCAGCAAUUCAACUUUAUUUCUUGAGCCAAAUAAUUCCUUACCCUUUUUUGUAAACACAUGACCUGCGGGUUUAGACACCAUAGCAUGUACAGCACUUAAUACGUCUCUUCAGAACUGGCAUAUGCAAAGCAACUAUGCAGCACUGAUGUAAAAAGCUCAGUAUGUUUGAGAAGCAGCACAUCUUGUAAAUUGAAGUUAAAGCCGUCGUGUUUUGCUUUAUAUUGACUCAAGUGGAGGUUGUGGGUUUUUGUUUGACUUGAGUAUUUGAGGUAAAGGAGAAAAAAUGAAAGCUGAACAUGGAUCAAAUUAGAUGAAGUCUAAUCCCUCAUCCAUCGGCUCACUUGAUAACUCCUAAUUAAUUAAAUCCUGGUGUGGUGACUUGAGGUUUGGUUAUUGAAACAUUUUGCAUUAAAUGUGGAAAUUGUGUUACUUUACACAUUUCUGGGAGAAUUCCUUUGGAGGAAACCCUCUUGUCCUCUAAGUGACUUUAUACAACACAUCAUCUUUCUGAGUGAUGGAAGAAAGAAGUGACAGUUGUUAUAAGUUGAUAGAUUUAUAUUUUAACUUGAAUGAGGCUGUAUUCAUGUUAAGGUCUGUAUUUCACUUCACUCACAUAAAAUCCAUACUGUAAGUGUACAGCAAUAAAAAGACAAAUUGCAUUCACA